AUGUCCGACCGGAAGUGCCGGCCCCUCACCCGGCCCGAGCGAGGCUUUUAUAGGCGAGUGCGGGGUGGGCGUGGCCAAGGGCAGCGCGGCCGAUGGGGGCGUGUCCCGCCUUCCCGCCCUGACGCCGUGCCCGCCAUGUUGCCGCCUCACGAGGCACCACAUGUUUUCACUGCCAUAUAUACUAUUGAAAUAUUGAUUAAAAUAGUAGCAAGAGGAUUUGUUUGGAGUGAAUUUACUUUUCUUCGAGAUCCAUGGAACUGCUUGGAUUUUUCUAUUAUUAUUGUAAUGUACAUUACUGUGUUUCAGAGUGUUGGCAAUGUUUCAGUUCUUCGAACUUUCAGAGUACUGAGGACUUUAAAAGCUAUUUCAGUAAUACCAGGUCUGAAAAUCAUCGUAAAUUCACUUGUUGAGUCUGUUAAGAAGCUUGUGGAUGUGUUGAUCCUGACUGUAUUUUGCUUGAGUGUAUUUGCACUAAUAGGCCUCCAGCUUUUUAUGGGCAAUCUAAAAUCCAAAUGUGUCCCCAAUAAAACUUUAUACAAUGACUCAUUCUGUAAGGAUCCCAAGAUAUAUGUACCAAAUGAUUCAGAUGUCUGCUACAGAUUGGAAGACUCUUCUGAAAUAUUGCUCUGUGGAUACACUGGAGAACCCAAUACAGAGUGUCCCAAAAACUACACCUGUGAGAAGUUUGGGAGCAAUCCUGACUUUGGUUAUACAAGUUUUGACCAUUUUGGCUGGGCCUUCCUCUCUGUGUUCCGUCUGAUGACCCAGGACUCCUGGGAGCGUCUCUACAGACAAACCAUCCGUACAUCUGGAGUGCCCUCUGUGUUUUUUUUUAUGGCAGUCAUCUUCUUCUGCUCAUUUUAUCUCUUCAAUUUGAUCUUGGCUGUGGUAACUAUGGCAUAUGAAGAGGAAAAUAGAGCUACUCAUGCUGAAACAGAGGCAAAGGAAAAACUGCUUCAGGAUGCCAAACAAAUUAUAGAGAAGGAACAGAUGUUGGCUGUGGAAGAAAGCAGUAAGGCCUUGCAUGCUGGAUCUGAAAUGUCAGUUGCUGACUUGAGAAAUUCCAAAGGAAAAGAGAGCAAUAAAGAAACGCCUACUUCAAGGCAAAACUUAAUUUUAGAUGACCAGGAAAAUGAGGAGCAAAUAUUUCGUUCACAGCCUGAUCGUUGCCACAAGAAGCUUAGGCAGAUCCUGCUGUCCUAUGAGGUGUCAAUGGAUGCUAUCAAUGAUCCUGUCCGAAGACAGAGGUUAAUGAGUGCAGCCACAAUUCUUACAGAUAAUUCAAACAAAAAACUGAAGUGUCCUACAUUUUGGAAAAAUUUCCCUCAAAAGUAUCUAAUUUGGAAUUGUUGCCCAUUCUGGAGAUCAGUCAAACAGAAGAUGAAAUUGGUAAUUUUGAAUCCAUUUGUUGAUCUCUUAAUCAUGGUUUGCAUUAUCUUGAACACCUUAUUCCUGGCUAUGGAGUACCCUGGCAUGAACUCAUAUUACCAAAACCUGAUUUCUCUAAGUGACGAGGUCUUCACCCUGAUUUUUACUGUAGAAAUGAUCUUGAAAAUCAUUGCUCUAGAUCCUUAUUACUAUUUCCAGAACAAGUGGAAUGUUUUUGAUAGUGUGGUUGUUUUAAUUGGCCUAGCAAGCUUUGGAACAAAUCUGUCACCUUUCAGGCUGCUCAGGAUCUUCAAAUUGGCAAAGUCCUGGCCAGCCUUAAAUACUCUCAUGAAAAUAAUUCUACACUCAUGUGGUGCACUGAGUAACCUCACUCUGGUUUUGGCAAUCACUAUAUUUAUUUUUGCUGUAGUAGGAGUGCAGAUUUUGGGCAGUGAUUAUGAAACAAAUAAGCUUAGAAUAAGCACCAGUGGCGAAUUACGCUGGCAUAUGAAAGAUUUUAGUCAUUCAGUCCUGAUUAUAUUCCGAAUAUUAUGUGGAGAAUGGAUUGAAACUAUGUGGGAAUGUAUGGAAGUGGCUGGAAAAAAGAAAUGUCUCAUCAUUUUCUUGCUUGUCCUGGUGCUAGGAAACCUGGUGGUGCUCAACCUGUUCAUUGCUUUGCUGCUGAGUUCGUUCAACAAUGGCAGCCCAGAGGGAGAAGAGGGGCCUGCAGAAGGGAAUAAAUACCAGAUUGCCAUUGCACAGAUUCACAGGAGCCUGAAGGCUGUGAAAGACAGGAUUUGGGAUCACUGCUGCAAAAGAAUGAGAGGAAGCCUCAGAAGAAGAGACAAAAAGAAGACUUUGGCAGAAGUUUCUGGGAAAAGCAUAGAGGUUACUAAUUAUGCCAUGACAGAUGUCAGAAAGCAGAUAGACAACAGCUGCUUUGACAUAGAGCAUUGCCACAUGGAAGAGAGUUCCUCACUAGCAAGGAAAUAUGAAGAAAUUUUGACCAGCCACAGUACCUGUGUUCCCAUUACAGCAGAAGAGGCUAACACCAACAAAGGUGAUGAGGGGCACAUUUUACACACAGCUGCAGAAUACAGGAAAGAGGGAGACAAAUUAGGAUGCAAAGAACAGUGGCAGAAUUCACACAGCUUCAGUCAGAGUUCUGGGACUUCUGAAGCUCUAAAUGUUUUCACAGUAACACACCCAAAAAAAGAGCAAAAAGAGAAAUACCAUGCUGUUCGUACCUUUUCUGAAGCCAGCACUGUGGAUCCAGUUGCUCUUUUGGAGAUUCUUUCCCAGACCAAAAACUCACAACUGCCUAAGGAUUGCUUUGCUGAAUGUUGUGUUGAGUAUUUCCCAUGUUGUGUAGUGGAUAUCACAAAGGGUCCAGGCAGAACUUGGUGGAACUUUAGAAAAACCUGCUACAGAAUCGUUAACCACAGUGGGUUUGAAUAUUUUAUGGUUUUUAUGAUUGUAUUGAGCAGCGCAGCACUGGCAUUUGAAGAUGUUCAUCUGCCGAAGAGGCCAAAAGUGAAAAUUAUCCUCGAUUAUGCUGACAAAAUAUUUACCUACACUUUUUUUAUGGAGAUGCUUCUGAAAUGGGUAGCUUUUGGUUUGCACAGUUAUUUCACAAAUGCUUGGUGUUUGCUUGACUUCGUCAUUGUAUGUCUGUCCUUUGUUUCCUGGGGACUAAAUUCUGUUUCUGAAGAUUCAUCACCUUGUUCCUCUGGGACCAGCCUGAAAUCCCUCAGGACUUUAAGAGCACUGAGGCCUCUACGAGCUUUGUCAAGAUUUGAAGGGAUAAAGGUUGUUGUGAAUGCACUCUUUGGAGCCAUCCCCUCAAUCUUCAACGUCCUGCUCGUCUGUGUUGUCUUUUGGCUCCUCUUUAAUGUUCUAGGAGUGAAAUGGCUUGGAAGCAGAUUUUGGAAAUGCACACUCAAAGAAGGAAAUAUCAGUGCCAUUGACGACAGAUAUGAUUGUAUUUUCCACAAUGGGACAUGGACAAAUAGUGUUGUGAAUUUUGACAAUGUUGGCAUGGGAUACUUGGCUCUUCUCCAAGUGGCAACGUUUAAAGGUUGGAUGGAUAUUAUGUAUGCAGCAGUGGAUUCACGUGAGAUCAAUCAACAGCCAAAGUUUGAAGCACGCCUACGCAUGUAUGCGUUCUUUGUGGUUUUCAUUAUUUUUGGAUCUUUCUUCAUGCUGAACCUUUUCAUUGGAGUGGUUAUCAGCAAUUUUAACCAACAAAGGAAAAAGAUAAGUGGAAAAGAUCUAUUUUUGACUGAGGAACAGAAAAAGUACUAUAAUGCCCUAAAAAAACUUGGAUCCAAGAAACCCCAAAAACCCAUCCCAAGGCCAUCGAAUGCAUUCUUAGGAUGGCUGUUUGACAUCGUAUCUCACAAAGCUUUUGAAAUCACCAUUGUGAUUUUCAUCUGUCUAAAUAUGAUCGUUAUGGUGGCAGAAAACAACCAGAAAUCCACCAAGGAUGUUCUUAAUAAAAUCAACUAUUUUUUUGUGGCUGUAUUCACUGCAGAAUGUGUCAUGAAAAUACUGGCCUUAAGGCACUACUUCUUUGGAAGCUGCUGGAACGUGUUUGAUUUCAGUGUUGUGGUUCUUUCAAUAGUGAGUCUUGGAGUUUCUGAAGUGUUCCAAUCUUUCUUCUCCCCUACGGUUUUGAGAACUCUUCGUUUGGUGCGAAUUGGCCGAAUCCUGAGACUAGUUCACAGGGCCAAAAGAAUUCAUACUCUUCUCUUUGCAUUGCUGAUGUCUCUUCCUGCGCUGGUCAACAUUGGCCUUUUGCUUUUCCUGAUUAUGUUCAUUUAUGCCAUCGUGGGCAUGGCAAACUUUGCCUGUCUCCACUUGGACGGUGGGAUUGAUAACAUUUUCAACUUCCAAACGUUUUGUGGUAGCAUUCUCUGCCUCUUCCAAAUUACCACAUCAGCUGGCUGGGAUACUCUUCUGGCCCCUGUGCUAAAAGGACCUGGUGCAUGUGCUCCCCAAUUAAAUAAAACAGGGACAGAGAAAAAUAAUUGCAUCAAUAAGAGCUUUGGCAUUUUAUAUUUUGUAAGCUAUGUCAUUAUAUCGUUUCUCAUUGUUAUAAAUAUGUACAUAGCUGUCAUUUUGGAGAACUUCAGUGUUGCCACAGAGGAAAGCACAGAUCCUCUUUGUGAGGAUGACUUUGAUAUGUUUUAUGAGACAUGGGGAAAGUUUGACCCUCUGGCAACACAGUUUAUAGAUUAUUCUGCUCUUUCAGACUUUGCAGAUGCACUGGAGUUCCCCUUGCGCAUCCCAAAGCCUAAUAAAAUCCAGCUCAUAUCCAUGGACAUCCCUAUAGUUAGAGGAGAUAAGAUCCACUACUUGGAUAUCUUGCUGGCUUUCACUAAAAGGGUCUUGGGAGAAUCUGGAGAUUUGGAGAGUCUUGAAUUAAACAUGGAAGAAAAGAUUGCAGCUAGCAAUCCAUCUAAAAGUUCUUACAGCCCAGUUUCUUCGACCCUCAGAAGGAAACGAGAGGAAGUGUCAGCUCUUAUUAUUCAAAAGGCCUUCAGGAAGUAUUUGAGGCAACGUUCUCUUGAAAGUGUAUCCUUAUACCAUUGUAAACAUAGCAGUGCUGUCUUUGAACGAGAAAUACAGGACAAGCCAAGUCUUCUUGCAUCACCGCUUAAUGAAAAUCACGGUAGGAAGACAGAUAAAUUACGUCCUGUUUCUUCCAUAUCCCUCCCUUUAUUUUAUGAUGGCUUUGCUCAGACAGGCAAGGAUAAGCUUGACCCAUGAGGUUGCCCCUGGCUGCAGCAUUUCCAA